UGUGACCUCUGCUGAAGAAAUUGUGAGAUGCUGAACAACUUUAUUUGAUCUGAUAGCUGUAUACUGUUUUUACCAUGUUAUUACUUUUAAAGUGGUGCAGUAUAUAUCUAAACAUUACAUGUACAGCUGUUCUGGAAUUAUACACUAGUUGCAACACUUUAACAAAAGCAACCUGAAAAAUUAUAAUGAAAACUUUAAAGACAACUGAUACUCUGACCAAAGCAGAUGUUUAAUGCAUUUCCGAGAAUCUAAUCAGAUAAAUGAAUCCUUACUUAAAUAUGAUAAAGACUCUUAGAAAAAUCUGCUUUUUCAGUCAAGUAGCAUUUAAAUGCUAAUCUGCCCACUGCGACAAAUUGAGCUGAACUAAAGGUUUAGUAUUUUAAAUUUAGUUUGAAAUACUAAAACUUAAUAAUUCACUAUGGAUAGGCUAUUUUAGAAUACAGAAUUUAGAUUUACGAGUCUGCGGUUAGUAGUAAUGUGUCGUUUAUUCAGAUGUGAACAGUAACAGACAUAGGCCUAAAGCAAGGUCAACAAAUCCGACAAGGCAGCAUUACAGGUUCCAGAAAUCUCUUACCCCCUUUAUUUCACACAGAAUGACUUUAAUGUUAAAUGGUAAUGUCUAAAUGCCUCAGCUGUAUGUCUGAUACUGAAACAAAACGAUUUCUAAAAUACAGCAAACACUGACUUUUAAGGAAGAGUGACCUCUUUUCACAGGUUUGUCUAGGUUACUGAUGUUUGAGUUUACAGUCUUAAUGGAGUUCAAACUUUAGUGUGACACCUUUGCCAUGUGUAGCCUACUACAGGGAUUUGUGCGCAAAGCACAAGAAGCUAUUGUUCUCUGCGUCACCCUCAGACUGUUAGACUUUUAUCUCUCUUCGUAUUGGCUGUAAACGGUCCAUUGCCAAAGUACAUGCUGAUAUCACCUAUAGAUACACGCCUUUUAACGUAGCGCUUCAUACAUUCUCACACACUCAAAGGUCAGAGAGUCUGUUUCAGCUUCUGAAGGCAGUAUGAAAGUGUACGUUACGCUGUGCCUGAGUUUGUGCGUGUGUUUACACAAAGCUCUGGCGGAGAGCGAUUCCGAUGCAAUCCUCGAGGACAAAGACGUUCUAGUGCUGACAAAAAGCAAUUUCGAACGAGCUCUUAAACGGCACAACCAGCUAUUGGUCCAUUUCUAUGCGCCUCUUUCUGGCCAGUCCCUUGGCUCCAUCCUUGAGUUUAGGGAAGCAGCCGGUACGUUGAAGGAAGCAGAAUCUGAUGUGAGACUGGGAGGAGUGGAUGUGAAAAAGGAAAAAGAUCUUGCUGCAUCCCUUAACAUCACAAUAAUACCAUCACUACGGCUGUACCUGUCUGGAGACAAGAACAACCCAGUGUACUGUCCUGUUCUUAAGAGCUCCGCCUCCAUCCUAACAUGGCUUAAAAGAAGAAGAGGGCCGAGUGCUGACAUUAUUAGUCAUCUCACACAGCUGGAAAAAUUUAUAGGUGGAGAUGAGCUUGUUGUGCUGGGAUUAUUUAAGGAUCUUGAGGAAGGCAUAGUGAAAGUGUUUUAUGAAACAGCCGCUGAUAUUGCUGACCUGCCCUUUGGAGUAACAGGACAUGAUGAGAUCUUCAGCAAGUAUGAGAUCAGUGGAGAUACUGUUCUUCUCAUCAGGAAGUCUAAACCUGACAAGCAGUUUGAGAUGGGAAGCAGCACAGUGAAGAAAGAUCUUGUUCAAUUUAUCAGACUGUAUGAGAUGGAGCUUGUGACCGAAUACAAUGGCAUGACAGCAUCUAAGAUCCUGAACUCAGAGGUGUUGGACCAUUUUCUUCUGUUUAUUAAUAAGACCGACAAAGGAUUCGAAGAGAUAUACCAUGCUUUUAAAAGCACUGCAGGAAAGCUCAGAGGGAAGGUUCUGUUUGUGAUGAUAGAUGUGAGUGAGUCACGGAAUGGCCGUGUUAUGGAGUAUUUUCGUGUGAGGUCAGAAGAGGCUCCUCAGGUCCGUAUGGUCAAUCUAUCAGACAACGUUCAAUACCAGCUGCCAUCUGAUCAGUUUGACGCGCACACUCUUUUAGAGUUCUGUCUGAGUUACCUGGAUGGGAAAGCUAAGCCUAAGCUGCAAAGUGAGCCAAUUCCUGAAAACUGGGACACGCAGCCAGUGAAAGAGCUGGUUGGGAUGAACUUUGAAAAAGUGGCUUUUAACCAUAAUAAUAAUGUCAUUGUCUUGUUCUAUGCACAGUGGAGCAGUGAAAGUCGUGCUCUGUUUCCACUGUGGGAGGAGCUAGCUGAACAUUUUAGUGAAAAAGAUGAUGUUAUCGUUGCCAAAAUUGACAUUAUGGCCAACGAUGUAAACCUUCAUCUUGGAGAAAAAAACCCAUCGAUCAAAUUAUUUCCCGCUGUUUAUUCAGAGAGGGUAGUGCCAUAUUCUGGCAAGAGGAAGCUGAAACCUAUAAUAACAUUUAUGAAAAAAGAGAUUGAAAAAGCCAUGAAGGACAAAGCCAAGGAGGAGGAACGGAGACAGAAGUAUGUGAAUGAACAGAAGGCUGCGGUGAAAGAGGAACUCUGAUCAUUCACUGUAAUGGCUAGAACUAAAGAAGCUUUAUUGAUUUGUUUGAAACUAAAAUUUUAUUUGAAUAUUUUAGGCAUACAUUACCAUUCAAAAAUUUGGGGUCGAAAUGAAGUAUCGUAUGCUCUCAGAGGCUGCAUUUAUUUGGUUGGAAAUACAGUAAAAAGUAAUUAUUUCAUAUAUUUUUAAAAUGCAAUUUAUACCUGUGAUGCAAAGCUGAAUUUUCAGCAUCAUUACUCCAGUCUUCAGUGUCACAUGAUCCUUCAGAAAUCAUUCUAAUAUGCUGAUUUGCUGCUCAAGGAACAUUUCUUCUUAAAUUGUGCUGCCUAAUAUUUUUGUAAAAAACCAUGACACUUUUUCAGGGAUAGAAAGUUCAAAAGAAUAGCAUUUAUUUGAAAUGGUUUUUGUAACAUUAUAAAUGUAUUUACUGUCACUUUUGAUCAAUUUAAUGUGUCCUUGCUGAAUAAAAGUAAUCAUUUCUUUAAAACAAUUAAUAAUAAUAAUUUAAAAAUUCAAAUAAUUACUGACCCCAAACCGGUUAACCGGCGUACUCUGCACUUAUGACUGGUUAAUUAUCUUGGAAAAAAUUCAGUCUUUAUUAAUUGAAAAAUGUAAUGCAUUGAAAAGAAAAUAUUGACAGUGCAGCACUUAAAAAACACUGUGGCAUACUAGUUGACUAUAUCAAGACAUCACGACCCUGUCGCCAAUUCACCACUUUUCCUUCCUUGGACCACUUUUGAUACUGACCCCUGCGGACUGGGAACACCCCACAAGAGCUGCAGUUUUGGAGAUGCUCUGACCCAGUCAUCUAGCCAUCAAUAUUUGGUCCCUGUCAAACUCGCUCAACAUUUGCCCGUUUUUCCUGCUUCGAACACAUUAACUUUGAGGACAAAAUAUUCACUUGCUGCCUAAUAUACCCACUAACAGGUGCCGUGAUGAAGAGAUAAUCAGUGUUAUUCACUUCACCUGUCAGUGGACAUAAUGUUAUGCCUGAUCGGGGUAGUGUUUGAUAAUAUCAAAGAGUAUAGAAGCCAAGGCAAAACUUAUACAGAGGGUUCAAAAGAUCCAGAAUCUAAAACCACAGGAAUAGCAACAGUCAUAUCAUAACAGGAAGUAAUUCUUGCAAAUAGAACACCAGACUACUUAUCUGUAUUCACUACAGAGUUGAUUGCUAUUGUUAUAGCUUUACAUUGGUUGGAAGAGACACAGAUUAAGACAGCAGUUGUGUCCUCAGAUUCACUGGCGGCUUUAAGAAGUAUUCAGUCGGGACAAUCAA